GGGAAACGCCGAAACGGGAGUCCGCCAAUUUCCGGCGCGCGGGAAAAUUUCCCGCACUUGCGCUCGCGCCUCUAUAAGAAAGAAAGAAUCGCGUCACCACGGUCUCCUGCUCCACUUCCCCCACUUCCGCCGCCUCCCACCGAAUGCGCCGCAAGAGGAGGGCUAGGGUUUCCAGCGACAGCGACGGCGACGACGUCGAGAUGAACGGCCAAGAGCCCGCCGCCGCCGCCGACGCGCAGAGCAAGAGCCUCUACGAGAUAUUAGGGGUUGAGAGCACAGCUUCACAACAGGAGAUAAAAAAGGCAUAUCACAAGUUGGCCUUGCGUCUUCACCCAGAUAAGAAUCCUGGAGAUGAGGAAGCCAAUGAAAAAUUCCAGCAGCUGCAGAAGGUGAUAUCUAUUCUUGGAGACCAGGAGAAAAGGGCAUUGUAUGAUGAGACUGGAAUUACUGAUGAUGAUGCACUGGUUGGAGAAGCUGCAGACAAUCUCCAAGCGUACUUCAGAACAGUGUACAGAAAGGUCACAGAAGCUGACAUUGAAGAAUUUGAAGCUAAGUACAGAGGGUCAGACUCUGAGAAAAAGGAUUUAAAGGAACUGUACACAAAAUUUAAGGGCAACAUGAACAGACUUUUCUGCUCUAUGAUUUGCUCAGAUGCCAAGCUUGAUUCUCACCGCUUCAAAGAUAUAAUUGAUCAGGCAAUUGCUGAAGGCGAGCUGAAGUCCACCAAAGUGUAUGCGAAAUGGGCUAAAAAGAUAUCCGAGAUAGAACCACCCACAAACCCAUUGGAGAGGAGAGUGAAGAAAAAGAAGAGCCAGGAGAGCGACCUCAUCCUGGCGAUCUCGCAGCGCAGGGAACAGAGGAAGGAGCGGUUUGACUCUGUUCUGUCAUCUAUAAUGUCCAAGUGUGACGACAACAAGGCGGGCAGCUCAGAGCCCACGGAGGAGGAGUUUGAGCGUGCUCGGCAGAGGCUCGAGAAGAAGCGCGCCAAGGGGCGCAAAUGAUAUGAAUCUUGACAUGCAUGCAGGUCAGGCUACCUUGGUCGUCAGGCCCUUCGAGAAAAAAUGGGUGUUGAGUGGAGUGGAGUGGAGGGAUUGUGUCGCAACUCUAGUGUCGCUUUGUUUUAUGAGUGGGCGUGUGUAUAAGUAACUGAAUGCAAGUGUGGUGUGGUUUUGGAUGUGAACAACUGUGGAAGUGUCCUGUCCCAUGAAUGAAAUGAAAUCCUCGGCAUGCCGGCAUGGCCAGGUGAUAGUCUGUUUAA